AUGUUGAAUCGAUUCAAAUCGGCGUUGAUGAAUGCUGUCGGUGGGACUGAACUUGGUUUACAGUAUCAUCAUGAUUCAGAUGGUGAAGUACCCAAAGAUUAUGCUAGUUCAAGUGUUGUGGAAAUUGAAGCUAAGCCUUACAGCAGGCCUAGUUUUUUAGGAUUGACCACCGAAGAGACUCAGGUGAGUGCUGACCACAAAGUAAGACCCAUAAUAGUACCUAGAGACUUGAGCCGCCUGCCAUGGUGUGCUGGGUACGCAGAAUGUAUAAACGCUGGCAAGAGCAUGUGGAACGAAGACCAAGCAGCUGCUACAAGAGGAGACUUAGUUUUACCUGAUACCGAUUUUAAUGAUAUUACCUUGCCUUAUGUAAUGUUUUCGAUGUUUGAUGGACAUGCUGGUUAUCAGGUGGCUUUAACAGCUAGAUUACAUCUUCAUAGAAUUAUUCUUAAUAAAUUACAAGCGAUACCAGGUAACAUUUUAAUGAAUAAAAAUGAAGAAAGUACAAUAACAGGACAACAGCUAGUUGUUGGUGCAAUUGAAAUGGCUUACAGAGAAAUGGAUCAAUUAGUUGAAUAUCUAGCUCUUAACGGCGGGGGUGGCUGUACUGCAAUUACUGUAUUAUUUUUAAACGGCGUACUUUACGCAGCUGGUGCUGGAGAUUCAAGAGCAGUAUUGGUGUACGGAGAUGACCAACGGGCAUUGACAAAUGACCACACGCCCGACUCGGAAUCCAACCGAGUAAGAGCAUUAGGAUUUUUAAAAAGUACCGAGUUGCUUAAAGGACACUUUACACCUCUAGAGUUUAAAAAACGUCCUUUAGAACGGGAGCUCGGUACCAUGGUGCUAUACAGAGAGCCGUUCAUGACCGGGUGGGCUUAUAAAAGUUUAACCGGCUCGGAUUUGAGAUUACCAUUAGUGUCUGGGCACGGAAAGCGCAGCAGAGUAAUGGGUACUAUUGGAGUUACGAGAGGUUUUGGAGAUCACGGCCUAAAAGCAGCUAACACCGGAGUUAGUAUUAAGCCUUUUCUCUCGUCACAGCCGGAAGUACAGUACUUUCAAUUAGAGGAUUAUCAAUUAACUGAGCGAGACUGUAUUAUUAUUGCCACUGACGGAUUAUGGGACCUAGUACAAGCAGCUCGAGGAAGAUUAAUCGGUAGAAUGUGGAAAAGCAAACCCGAUAAAGAAAAAGAUAAAACUGAAAAAGACGAGGACAUUGACGAAAGGUAUUGGCCUAUGGCGUCAGUUGACGACAUCAGUGUAAUGGUAAUUCCACUGUAUCCGUAUUUAUGCGAGCACAGACAGUGGAAGAAAACCGCUCAACAGGAACGACGAUUUUCUAUGGAUAAUUCAGUAGUUACAUCACCCACUCUUUCUAAUUAA